GGGAAGUGUUAGCUGCUUCCGGCACAAACAAGGCUGCAGCUGCGACUGCACAAAGCCUGGUUAUGGUCUGUCGAUGGUGAGCGAGGCGGCUGGGGAAGUGUUUCCGCGUUGCACAAUGCCGGGUUUUGUUUGUUGCAGGAAAACACAGCAGUUUUGAACGUGAUAUAAAUAAGGAGUAGAGAAGACCUGGAAGAUGGCUGGGCGUAGGAAACAAGCUCCUCCAGUUAAGCUCGAUGAUGGAGCUAAAAAACGGCUAUGUUGGAAUAUGCAUGAAGACAGGAGGACAGACUUAACCCUAGAAGAGGAUGAAGGUGAACCAGAACCAAGCACAUCAUUUUCUUUUACAAGUGAUAAUCUUGAAAGCAAGGCUUCCACAUUUGACCAAGACAUUUUUAAAUUAGAACUACAAACAAAAGAGCUGAAGGAAUCAAAUAACAUUGUGGCCCCAUUGUCAGUUGACCUUAGCAUUGUGGUCUCUCCUCUUCCUAAAGAUAAUGUCUGGAGAGCGUUGCUUGGUACAUUCUGUCUUCGCUGUAUUUCUGAGCAAUAUGCUAAUUCAGUUUUUCAUGGGUGCAAUUUUACAUUGACUAGAACUUAUCCAGGAUCUGUACAGCUAUUGCUCUGUAUACAUGAAAGUGUAACAGAGGAGGGCAAUUAUGAAGGGACAAAACAAGGAUCAAGCAAAGUUUACGCAGAAGAGCUUGUUGUUGAAGCUUCACUUAGUGCUCUGUUUUUGGAAGAUUUAAUGUGGUUGCAAAAGAAGAAGCUUGUUGCACUUUGUCAAAGGCAAACUGAACAUAAAGAAAUUGAGGUUGGGAUCUAUUUGUUGGAAGCAUGUUUAUCCAAGCCAGAAUUCCUCAGUGAGGGAUGUAGAAAGAUGAAGAAAUCUUGCCUUAUUAUUCAGAGGUUGAUGGAAAAGUUCUACAACUUCACCAUUCCAGAUAUCUCAGGGGAGAAUGAGGAAGAGUCCGAUCAAGAUCUAGAGAGACAAAAUAUUGAAGAACUUUAUGACUAUGUUAGACAGAUCCAUCAAAAGGAACAUAGGAUUCUACAGGAAGAUGUUCAGCAUCCAGCCUUGAUACCAGUGCUGCGGCCAUACCAGAAUGAGGCUGUCCAUUGGAUGCUACAGAGAGAGAACUUCAGAAAUGUGCCUUCUAAUGAAAAUACACUGCAUUCUUUAUGGAGAGAGGUCACUACAUUGGACGGAGUGAAAAUCUACUGUAACCCCUUCUCUGGAAGUAUAAUCCGAGAAUACCCUGCUGCUACUCACGAAUGGCCUGGAGGUAUUCUUGCAGAUGAAAUGGGUCUUGGAAAGACUGUGGAAGUUCUAAGUUUGAUACUUUGUCAUCCAAGAAAAGAUCUCAGAGCAGACUUACUGACAUUACCUGAGGGCAUGACAGUGAACUAUUUUAGCCCACCUCCACCCACACAAAUGACAAAGAAAGGAAAAGCUGUCGACAACAGACUAACUUACACUAAUUUACGGUUUAUGGUCCUGUCCGCAAUUAAGGAACUGAGCGUGAACAAAGGCGUGUCCAUAAUUGGCAUACUUAAAUAUGUGAGCUCAGUGUAUAGUUACGGCAUGGAGAGGAACCAUCGACUUCUGAAGAAAAUCUUGGAGAAACUGCUUUCUAAAAAGAUAGUGGAACAGGUUAAAGGUCGUGGACUUCAAGGGUCUUUCAAACUUGGGAUUAAUUAUAAAGAACAGAUGACUCAAGAUAAACAACUAAAACUGAAAAGAAGAUCUUCCAAUCGAAUUCAACAAAAUGGAACUCCUCUCAGGGAAAUUGAUGACGAACCUUCUAAAACUGGCGCUGAUCUACACAUCUUGUCAAAGGAUCAUGAUUAUUGUGCUCUGAGCAAUGAUUGCAUACCAGGAAAACAGCUAGACCUCUCUGCGGCAAAUAAUGGAAGUCCAGAGAGGACAAAUAUUUUGAAAACUUCUCAGCUGACAGAUGAGAUAUCAACAACCACUAGUGAAUUGACUUCUUCUCUUGGCUCUACUAAUUCAGGAACAAAACAAGAAGAUGUAGACAUCCAUUCUCAGGAAUUGAACUGCCAGUACAGCCACAUCUUCCCAUUGAAUAACUCUGAUUACCGCUUUGAAUGUAUUUGUGGUGGUCUGCGGCAUCCUGACAUGAAGGACAGAGUACAGUGCUUACAGUGCCAUCUAUGGCAGCAUGCAGAGUGUGUGAACUAUAAAAGAGAGAACUUGGGCACGACUCCUUUCUAUUGCCCACACUGUCUCGUGGCCAUGAAGCCUGUUCCUACAGGAGCAACCCUGAUCAUUUCUCCCAGCUCUAUAUGCCACCAGUGGGUUGAUGAAAUUAACCGGCAUGUGCGUUCAUCUUCCCUUCGGGUUAUGGUAUAUCAAGGUGUGAAGAAACACGGCUUCCUACAACCACAGAUGUUGGCAGAGCAGGAUGUGGUCAUUACCACCUAUGAUGUUCUGCGAACUGAGCUGAAUUAUGUGGACAUCCCCCAUAGUAAUAGCAAAGAUGGACGGAGAUUUCGGAACCAAAAACGAUACAUGGCAAUACCAAGCCCACUUGUUGCUGUUGAAUGGUGGAGGAUUUGCUUAGAUGAAGCACAAAUGGUGGAAUGCACAACAGCAAAGGCUGCUGAAAUGGCCCUGCGCCUACCUGGGGUGAAUAGAUGGUGUGUGAGUGGUACACCAGUGCAGAGGGGCUUAGAAGAUUUAUUUGGGCUAGUGUUAUUCCUGGGAGUGGAUCCUUACUGGGUCAAGCACUGGUGGGAUCAGCUUCUUUACAGGCCAUACUGCAGGAGGGAUCCCCUGCCAUUAUAUCACCUUAUUGCCAAAAUUAUGUGGAGAUCUGCUAAAAAGGAUGUUAUUGACCAGAUCCAGAUCCCAGCACAAACGGAAGAUACUCACUGGCUACACUUCUCCCCAGUGGAGAGACAUUUCUAUCACAGGCAGCAUGAAGUCUGCUGUCAGGAUGCCCUGGCAAAACUACGCAAGAUAUCAGAUUGGUCUCUCAAACUAAGCAGCUUAGAUCGGCGAACAGUAUCCUCCAUCUUAUAUCCUUUGCUGAGGCUCAGACAGGCUUGUUGCCACCCGCAGGCUGUGCGUGGGGAAUUUUUACCAUUACAGAAGAGCACAAUGACAAUGGAAGAGCUGCUGACAUCACUGCAGAAGAAAUGCCGCACUGAGUGUGAAGAGGCUCAUCGCCAGCUUGUCUGUGCUCUCAAUGGUCUCGCUGGAAUCCACAUUAUUAAAGGUGAGUACCCAUUGGCUGUAGACUUAUAUAGAGAAGUUUUGAGGUCAUCUGAAGAACACAAAGAAAAACUGAAAACGGACUCUCUACAAAGACUGCAUUCCACGCACAAUCUGAUGGAACUGCUCUCUGCAAAGCAUCCUGGGAUCCCACCAACCUUGCGCGAUGACAAGCUUGAAGAAGAGAUAAAACAGCUUAAAGAACACUAUAUGGUGAAAUCAAAUGCAGAGGUGUCGGAAGCUCACCAAGCUAUGCAGCCAGUACUGCAGAAUAUUCGUGAACUACAAAGAAAGAUUCAUUUCUCGUCUCCCUGGUGGAUUGAUGUAAUCCAGUGUGCAGUCCAAACUGCAAAUGAUGAAGAUCUUGUCCAGCGUGUCCAAAAUGAAAUAACCACCAACUAUAAACAUCAAGUGAACAAGCUGUCCAUGGCAGACAAGUUCCGGGAUUGCAGAGGACUUCAGUACAUUGUCACCUCACAAAUGGAAGAAUUGAGAGAGUGCCAGAAACUUGUCAGAGAGGCAGUGAAGAGCCUUGAAGGUCCCCCAUCUCAAGAAGUUAUCCAGACUGCAUCAAUAUGCCAUCUCAGAGUUGGGCGACUUCCUCUCCAUAUCUGUGUCUUUUGUAAAGCUGAUGAAUUAUUCACAGAUUAUGAGUCAAAGCUCUUCUCUCAUACGGUAAAAGGUCAGACUGCUAUAUUUGAAGAAAUGAUCGAGGAAGAAAACGGCCUGGUGGAUGACCGCUUGCCAAAAACCAGCCGAGGCCUGUGGGCAACCAGUGAGUUGGAACGGUCACUGAAAGCUAUACUGUCAUUUGCCAGAAGUCACCGCAUGGACCCAUGGCUUACUGAGGAAGGUGCUGGCUUCAUGGAUCUGUUUGAGGCAUGGAAGAAAGAAUACAAGUUACUUCAUGAGUACUGGAUGGUUCUGCGGAACCAUGUGUCCGCUAUUGAUGAGCUUUCUAUGGCAACCCAGCGCCUCAGAAUCCGCCUCCCUGAUGAGCCCAAACCUAACCCUCCUGUUCUUCACAUCAUUGAACCACAUGAGGUGGAGCAGAAUCGUGUGAAACUGCUGAAUGACAAGGCGGUAGCCAAGUCACAGUUACAAAAAAAGUUAGGCCAGCUCCUUUAUCUUACUAAUUUAGAGAAGUCUCAGGACAAAACUUGCGGAGGAGAAAAUCCAGAACCCUGUCCAAUUUGUGCACGAAAUCUGGGGAAGCAGUGGGCAGUGUUGACUUGCGGCCAUUGCUUCUGUAAUGAAUGUGUUGCGAUCAUCAUAGACCAAUAUAGUGUUGGCACACGAAGAAGUGCAAUUAAAUGUGCUAUAUGUAGACAAACAACAUUGCACAAAGAAAUUUCAUAUGUAUUCACAAGUGAGGCUGCAGAUGAAGAGAAGGACAUUCCAGUAAAGGGGAGCCAUUCUACCAAAGUUGAAGCAGUCAUUAGAACACUCAUCAAAGUCCAGUCCAUGGAUCCUGGGGCCAAGUCACUGGUCUUCUCUACAUGGCAAGAUGUUUUGGAUAUUAUUGCAAAAGCUCUGCAAGACAAUGACUUGGUGUUCUCCCAAAUCAAUGGUAUUCAGAAGUUUCAGGAAAAUCUUUCAGCAUUUAAGUAUGAUCCCAAGAUCAACAUUUUGCUACUUCCACUGCACACUGGAUCCAAUGGACUCAACAUCAUUGAGGCUACUCAUGUAUUACUGGUAGAACCUAUUCUGAAUCCAGCACAUGAACUGCAGGCAAUAGGUCGUGUUCACAGAAUUGGCCAGAAGAAGGCUACAAUAGUUCAUCGAUUUUUGAUUAAAGCAACAAUUGAAGAAAGGAUGCAAGCAAUGUUAAAAGCCGUUGAUAGGAGUCACACAAGUACAUCAAUGAAGCAGUCUGAGGCUUCCGUCCUGACUGUGGCUGACCUUGCAGACCUGUUUUCAGAAGAAAGAGAACUUGAAUAAAGAAUCAACUUUAGAAACAUUGGUCUGAGCUCUUAAGUAACACAUUCCCAGAAUCUUGCACCUUUUUCUAUAAACUCUUCCCCUGCUAUAGCAUGCAGUUAUAGGACCACCAGUGACUGAGUAUACUACAAAGUGCUGUAGCUGUAUUCUCUGUAGAAAUGUUUAAUAUGUUUGUAAUGGUGAAAUAUUGUAAAAGAAAAACUUUUCAUCUUUCAGCAAUAUUUUCUAUUUUGCUAGAUGUGUUUUUAAAUCUGAUCUGCAGCUGUGGGACAAGGCUUGCUUUUAUGUAAAGCUGUCGAUAAAAGGGCUCCAUGCUCUCCAAGAAAAAUAUCUUCCAUGUUUGUUUCAUGAAAUCAAAGGGUUAUAUAUAAUAGGCUGCGAGAUGCAGGCAGCCGCAAUAUGUCGUUGCUUUAUCUGCUAGAUUUAAAGCGACAAUUCUUUACAAGGCAAAACUAGGUUUUGUGUUGCCCUUUUAAAAAUUGCCACUUUAAAUCUAGCGACUAAAUGGCCAACACCUUGCGGCUGCCUGCAACUCGCAGGCUAUUUCAUAUACUCCAAAGUUUACAGUUUGGAAUCAGAUGGAACCUACCCAAGUCAUAUUGACUUUCUAGCUUUAAAAUUACUUGUAAUUUUUUUUUUCCCCUUCUUUGUAUCCACUCUGUAUCGACUCACUCUCUUCCUUCUGGGACCCAGUAUACCCCACUUCUUUCAAGAAAUUCCCAGUUACUCAUUGUAGAAUACAGUAGUUGGCUUUGAUUCUGGUUUAACCCUUAGAAUAUAUUACUCCAAAAUGUAAAUUAAUAACUUAAUAAUACCAACCACAACAAAAGACUUGUGAUGUUAGAGAUGUGCAGUUCGGUUCUCGAGAAAUCUGAAUCCACCCGAAUUCUGUGGAUCCGAACCAAAACGUUGUCUGGAUUUCCCGAAGAGAUCCGUAUCUUAACAGAUUCCUGGUUUGAAUCUUCCAGCAGUUCGGAAUUCGAAUUUUAAAUCUGAAUUUCGGGGUUUGGUUUGCCAAAAUUACAUGAUUUUAGCUGGUUUUAUCGAUUUUUAUCAAUGAAUGAUAAUUUAUAAAUUGAUUUUAAACCGAAAUCCGAACCAAAACACUUAAGGGUGGUUUUGCCAAAACACGAUGAAGAAUUAGACUCAAAACAUCGGGGUUCGUGCGCAUCUUUUCUUGGGAUGUAGUUAUGUGACCAAGCGGUCAGAGGCCGCCGGUCACAAUACAGAUGCUUGCAUCCAGACCUCUCAAAAUCCCGACAGUCUGCAUGCCGAUUAACAUGGACUAUUCCCACUCGUGGGUGUCCACGACACCUAUAUAGUCAGAAUAGAACCUGUGGUGUCGGUAUGGUGACCGGCGGGAUCCCAAACGCCGGUCACCUAUACCCAAACCCUUUACUUAUUGUUAUAUUUGUUAUGAUUAAGAUUAAAGCUUUUAAACGUUAACCCUGAAUUUGAUUAGAUUAUUUUCAUGCCCAACAUUGAUUUUGUUCCAAAUUUUAUUAUUUUAUGUGUAAUGCAUGCUGUCCUAGUAUUAUUUUUAUUAUUUUGUUUUGCUACCAAAAUACAUGAAAUUAGGGACAAAUCAUAACAUUGGAGCCAAAACUGAGGCCCUUUGGGUCACCAUAGAAACUGGGAAGAAGGACAUUAUUCGCAUUGGGGUGAUCUAUAGACCACCAGGCCAGGGGCAGGAUUUGGACAGGAACCUAUUGUUGGACAUCUCUAAAAUGGCUUUUAAGGGAGAAGUCAUAAUCAUGGGAGACUUUAAUUUACCUGAUGUAAAUUGGGAGGGGUCUUUUGCAAGUUCAGCUACAAGUGGCAAAUUUCUACAUUCCUUACAGGGAGCAUCUCUCAAGCAAUUUGUGAGGGAGCCCACUCGCAAAGACUCAAUAUUAGAUCUAAUUCUUACAAAUGGUGAUAGGAUAUCUGAUGUAUAUGUGGGUGAGCACCUGGGAUCCAGUGAUCAUCAAGCAGUAUGGUUUAGUAUAAAGACAGGAUCCAACUCCUGUCACACAAAAACAAAGGUGUUGGAUUUUAGAAAUGCUGACUUUGCAAAAAUGGGGAGAUGUUUUAGUGAUUCAUUGGCAGACUGGAGGAACUUGGAAGGAGUGCAGGAGAGGUGGAAAAAAAUGAAAAGUGCAAUACUAAGUGCAACAGACCUUUGUAUCAAAAUGGUUAGGAAAAGCACCAGGAAAAGGAAGCCAGUGUGGUUCACAAAAGAAGUAUCAACUAGUGUGAAAGCAAAAAAGAUGGCUUUUAGGAAAUACAAACAGACUCAAAAUAAUAACGACAAAGAGGUGUAUCUGGACAGACGGAAGGAUGCUAAGAAAGUGAUCAGACGUGCAAAGGCAGAAGCUGAGGAGAAAAUGGCCUAGUCAGUAGAUAAAGGGGGCAAAACUUUUUUUAAGUAUAUAAGUGAAAGGAGAAAAUCAAAUGGAGGAAUAAUAAGACUUAAGACAGAGAGUGGGCAUUUGGUGAAGGGAGACAAUGCAAUAGCAGAUCACCUAAAUAAUUAUUUUUGCUCAGUAUUUACUACAGAAGAAGGGAUGGGGCCACAGUUAAGUUGCAAGGACAUUCAUAAAAAUAAGGUAGAUGAAAAUACAUUUACCGAGGAGAAGGUCCUAACAGAACUUUCAAAACUAAAAGUGGAUAAAUCAAUGGGACCAGAUGGGAUACACCCAAGGAUACUAAAAGAGCUAAAAGAUGUGCUGGUUACACCUUUAACAGAAUUAUUUAACCAGUCACUAAAUACAGGUGCUAUUCCAGAGGACUGGAAAAGAGUAAAUGUAGUUCCACUGCACAAAAGUGGAAGCAAGGAAGAAGCAAGUAACUACAGACCAGUAAGCCUUACAUCAGUAGUAGGGAAAGUAAUGGAAAAACUAUUAAAAGAAAGAGUAGUGGAAUAUCUUAAAUCAAACAACUUACAGGAUCCAAAACAGCAUGGAUUUACUGGUGGGAGAUC